AUGGGACAUGAGGAGCAUGGAGGGACUUGGCACAUGGAAGCAGCUCAACUGGAUACGCAAAGGAAGAAGGGAGAAGCCAUCUUGAAGACCAGCUCGACCGUCUACUCGACCAACCGGUCGAGUUCCUCAACUCGACCGGCCAAGCUUCAACUCGAUCGAGCUGGAAGUCAAAAACCUAAUCCCAUCUUUGUGUUCUUGAAGCUCUUGCUUCUUGAAUCCUAG